AUGUAUAGAGGAAGAGGUAAUAGUAAACGUGGUAGAAAAAACCGUUAUGAAUUUUACAAACGCGAUGAUCGAUACAGAGAACCAGAAAGGAAAAGGUCGAGAUAUUCGUCAUUUCACUAUGGUCAAUCUGAGAGCAGAGAAUAUGAUCAUCGACAGCAGUCUUACGAGAUAAAUCGGCAUGAACACUACAAAUAUAAUCAUGAUUAUGGCAGUCAAUCAAAUGGUUCAUAUAAUGAGUCAAGGUCAUAUCCAAAUUUGCCAAAUCGGCUUGGUAAUUAUCCAGAAAGAGUAUCUGGUAAUGUAAGUACAAAUAAGUUUUCAGAUUCUAUUCAGAAAAGACAAGAAACUAAUGGUUCGACUUUUGCAAAUGUUGAAACCCCUUUAAAGUCUUCGCGAGAGUCGAGAUCUAGUUCCCCGAAUGCUGAUAAAAGACUUGCUAAUUUGGACCACCAAGAAACUGCAACUAAGCCAAAAAAGGCUUUGGGUGGUACGCAAAAAACAAAAAUGAAGUUCAAAAAGAAAGCAAUUACAAGGAAAAAGAUGCUAGGCGGUAUAAAAUUGAAGAAGGCUUUAUUGAAUAUGGAUGUGAUUGAGGACGAUGUUAAAAGUUCCCCGAUACCAAAAAAUGCAGCAAAUGUAUUCAAGCCAAAGAUAUCUUCCUUAAAACCAAUCAAACAUGAUAGUACUGAUCUCGACUUAUAUCUGAGAAAUUUAAAAGCAAAAAAGGAUAAAGAAUUGGGAGGGCACGAGAUUUUUUCCGAUGAUGAAGAUGGUGAUGUUAGGGAGACUGAUACUCUUCCUUAUGAAUAUGAUCAGGUCCAACAUGAUUCUAAGAAGAAAGACAAGCAGAAAUUACCCGUAUUUCCACAAUCCAAGAGAGAGAUGGUUAAGUCAUUGUAUGAAGAGUCCUCGUUUAUUUCGAAUAUGACUGAUGAGGAGGUUUCCAGUUUGCGAAUUCAAAAUGCUAUAGUUAUUCAUGGCAAUAAUCCGGUUAGAUCGAUUCUCACAUGGGCACAGUCCGGAUUUUCGUCUAAUAUAUACGAAGUCCUGAUGAACUUGAAGUUUGGAUCACCAACUCCGAUUCAAGGAGAGGCCCUUCCAAAUAUUAUGAGUGGAAGAGACUUUAUAGGUAUAGCAAAGACGGGUUCAGGAAAAACUUUAGCAUAUCUUUUGCCCAUGUUCCGACACAUUUUGGCAAAUGUUGGCCUGAUGAAAAGAUCGGAAACGAGUAAUUCGGUUCGACAUUCUGCAAGUCAACCUUUGGCUCUAAUACUAACACCUACUCGUGAAUUAGCAACGCAGGUUUUUAAAGUGUGCCAACCUUUUCUCUCAUCCUUGCAUAUACAUGGUCAGUGCUGUUAUGGUGGACAGUCAAUUAGUCACCAGAUAUCUGGAUUGAAAGUACAGGCUGAUGUUAUAGUAGCGACACCUGGGAGACUUAUUGAUUUGCUAGGAGCAAAUAAUGGUAAGAUACUUUCACUCUCGGAUAUUUCGUAUUUCGUCUUAGACGAGGCAGACAGGAUGUUUGACAUGGGAUUCGAACCUCAAGUUGAAAAAGUCGCCCGUUUGAUGAUGAAGCACAGACAAACGGUUCUUUUCUCAGCAACGUUUCCUCCCAAAGUUGAACGACUAGCCCUGAGAUUUUUAAAUGACCCGGUCAGAGUUUCUGUCGGUAUAAGAAACCUAUUGAGUAAAGAUAUUGACCAGAAAUUCUUGGUUUUGGAUCCAGAUGAUAAGUUUCCAGAACUGCUUCGUAUUCUUGGAGAAUUCAAAGCAAAAGAUGCCAACGGGAAGGUUCUUGUUUUUGCAGAUACGCAGAAUAGCUGUGACAGAUUGGUUCAGUGGCUCAGCAAGCGUGGAUAUCCGUCAUUAUCUCUUCACGGUGGUCUCGACCAAUCGGAUCGUGACGAAAUUAUCACAGACUUUAGAAAUGGUGUCAUUGAUAUUUUGGUUGCAACUUCAGUGGCAUCGAGGGGUUUGGAUAUUGAUAACUUGAACAUGGUGAUAAAUUUCUAUGCACCUAGCCACAUGGAGGACUAUAUACACCGAGUUGGCAGAACUGGACGUGCGGGAAGGAAAGGUAAAAGUUAUACUAUGAUUACGCAUACUGAGGAGAAGGCUGCAAGUGAUAUUGUAAAAUUAUUGGAGCUCUCUAGCAUGCCAGUUCCUACUGAUCUCCAAAAUAUGUCAACAUCAUUUAGGGAAAAGGUGAAGGCCGGAAAGGCAAGAUUCAGUGGGGGAUUUGGUGGAAAAGGUCUAGAAAAGUUGGAGGAGCUUAGAGAGGAAAAGAGAAAGCAGCAAGAACAGAUUUAUGAUGACAAUGAUAAAGUUAACGAGGAUAAAGUGAAUGAUAAACAGCAUGAAAAGUCAAAUGAUAAAAUUGCAGGAAAUGAAAAUAAGAAAACACCUGAAGGAGAAUCACUUCCGGCCAACUUCUUUGCAGAGCCAGCUGCUCCAGGGGCGGUUCCAUUUCAUGCAAAAAUUGAAAUCAACGAUUUAUCUCCACGUGUCCGUUGGUCAGUUGCCAAUGCUAAUACAUUGAAGAAAGUGAUCGAUCAAACUUCCGUUGCUAUAACAAAUAAGGGCCGGUUUUAUCCACCAGGAAAGAUUCCAAAGGCUGAUGAUACUCCCAAGCUUUAUCUUUUGGUUGAAGGCAGUGACGAGUUGAAAGUGAAGCAAGCAAUGGGAUUAUUUAACGAGGCAUACACUGAGAGUCUAAAUGCGGAAAGGGGCAGACAUUAA